AUGGGCAAGAAGAAGCGUGGUCAUCCCGAUGUCGAGGAGAUUCUCAGCAGGCCAUGGUGCUACUACUGCGAGCGCGAUUUCGAUGACCAGAAAGUGCUUAUCAAUCAUCAAAAGGCGAAGCACUUCAAGUGCGAAAGAUGUGGCAGAAGGUUGAAUACCGCGGGUGGUCUUUCGGUACACAUGAGCCAAGUGCAUAAGGAGACCCUUUCUGCUGUCGACAACGCCUUACCAAAUCGUGCAGGUCUUGAUAUAGAGAUCUUUGGUAUGGAGGGGAUCCCAGAGGACAUCAUACAACAACACAAUCAGCGCGUUCUGACGCAGUAUCAUCAAGCUGAGGCAGAACGUAGGGUAGCAAGUGGCAGUGCUGGAGGUGCUGGUGGAGCUGCCGCAGGAAGUCAACCGAAAAAGCCUAAAUUCGAGUCGCCUGCCGACCUGAAAAGGCGCCUUGCAGAGCACAAAGCUAAGCUAGCAGCAGAGCAACAAAAUGGAGGAAGUAGUGGCGGCGCCAGCAGCGUCCCUGGGAACGCCUCUUUCAACUUUCCCGGAGGUUAUAGUCAGCCUCUUCAACAGGGCCCUCCAUUCCAGCCGCCGGGUGGUGCUUUUGUUCAGCAGCCACCAUUCUCCCCGCCGCCUUUUCAAAAUCAAGCCCCGUAUCCAAAUCCGCAAUAUCCGCCGCAAAUGACGCAGACAAGCCCGCAACCAUUCCAAGGACCGUCUCUAGGCGGACCUCAUGUGGGCCCUCCUCGUCCAUUUGGAGCGGGAUCCCCCGUUCAGCAGUUUGGCUUCCAACAACAACAGCCACCUCGGAUUCAUACCCCACCGCAAAGCAGCGCACCUCCGCAACGAUCACUAUCGGGCAGUCUCCCGCCAGCUCCUGGCCUUCCACAGCGGCCAGCGUUUGGUGCGCCACAUGUCAAUCAUUUUCAAAUGCAGCAAAUGCAUCAAGGUCAGAUUCCUGGUCCUCCCAAUCAGCCGGUGAAUCAAGCCGCUCCUGCAGCAACAUUGCAACCGAACAGCCUCCCACAACCGCCAGCUGUACAAUCGCAAAUCACGCAGCAGUUGCGGAGCAACGAAACAUCUUUAGACGAUCUCAUCCUGGGAGCUUCGAAGCAGGCGGAAGAGGCAGUAACGGCGCAAGCAGCAGCUGAAACUCCCAAGGCCGUUGACCAGCCUUCUAAGAAGCCUCCGGAAACCCCUGCUGGUGAGCCUGCGGAAGAAAAGAAGGACAAAAAGGAGAAAUCAAAGGCCGCCCAUCUUGUAUAUUCUGACCAAGAAACCAGUCCAGAGGAGAAGAUGGCAAGAAUGCCCAGGUACGCUUUCACUCCAGAAAAAGCAAGGUAG